AUGACUCUAGAUCCGUACAUGAUGCAACCAUCUUGGAGACUAUACGGAGAUCCGUCGGAUCUACUGGUAGAGGAGAUUUUAAACCAUGGCCGACUGACAAUGAGUGACACUGUACAGAGAGUGGCAGAACGAUUGCAGGACAUCAAAGAGGCUACAGACGUUGAUUUCUCCGUUUCCUCGAUUGGGGAUCGCUUUGUUCGUCUGGUUGAAGGCCAUUUCUUGGUCCGCUGCCCAUAUCCUCGGCCCUCUGAUGAAACACGAGCGCCCCUGCUUUCCAUUCCUGAGCGAGAAAUGUACCUUGUGCCACAGAUUCGAGAUUGGUCCUUCAUCACUGUGGGAGGUCCUUCGACAGAUGAGCCAUCCACAAAGAGACAGAAGACAGAGCACCCUGACUGUGGCAUCUACUGGAAAGUAAACCAUAACAGAUUCAAACAAUACUUCAGAGACGAUGCCAUCAUCAGUGCUUGCUCCAACCAACUUGACGAGAAGGCUUCCGAGAUCUUGAAGACGAUGCUGGAAUUGUCAGAGCAGAAGGAGCACCCGCGGAGCACAACCUCCUUUCCUGUCCCCCACUAUGAAAUACUUCAGAAGACCAAGAUGAAAUCUCAGGAACUGGACGCAUAUCUAGCCGUUCUGUCGGAGGGCGAUGCAAGCUUUGUUUCUAAAGCGGAUGACCGUGGUGGGGGCAUGUUUGUCGUCAACAUUCUAAAGGUGUUGCAGAGGCUGGUGGAGGCAAUGGUAUCAUCUGUCAUUCAGGACAGAUUUGGGUCAAAGUGUGCCAGAAUUUUCAGGAUCCUAUUGGCCAAGAAAGCCUUGGAGCCAAAACAGAUUGAAGAGCUUGCCAUGUUGCACCCCAAGGACUCAAAGGAAUACAUCUACCGAAUGUUUGAGGAGAAUUUUAUCCUCUCCCACGAUGUACCUAAGGGUUCAGAUUUUUCCCAUGGACAUACUUUCUAUUUGUUACGUAUUGACAUGAUUCAGGUGUGCCGAAUGCUCCUGGAGAGGUGUUACCAGGCAUUGUACAAUCUUCUCACGUGUAGUGAGUUGCAGCAGCAAGAGAACAGGAGGCUUCUGGAAAAGAAAGAGCGCAUAGAUGCCAUCGUUGCCUCCCUCAAACAGUCUGGGGCUGAGGAGGAGCAGAUACGGGAGGUACAGAACAUCCUUACUCCACCUGAAGAGGCUGUCAUCACCAAAGUAACAGAAGUGACCCAAAAGAUUGACUCUAGCCAGAUUCAAAUCUCAGAAAUGCUUCUCACCCUUUCCAUUUGGCUGGACUACUGCAGCCUUAAAUGAAACAGACUGUUCUCGGUUCUGCCAUUAUGUUCCUCUUACACUGUAAAUAUUGAUUCUGAA